UCACAAAUAGGUAAGCCGCAUUGGAGCGGUCACAUGAUAGGAUCACAUGACAGUGACGUCAGGUCCUUUCCUAGGAUAGGAACUAACCGCUACCCUGUGUUGGGACGUAUGGGGUCCCCCGAUUUCUAAUGGCGGCCUUGGCCAUAAGUAAUAAUAUAAAGUUGGAAAUAGGGAAACUAUUAUGUUUCAUAUAUAAAGCGGAGUUUCAAUAAUAAUCCCAUAAUUGGUAGCCAAGAAUCAGAACGUAGCAAGGAGGCACUAGUCCCACCAAACAAACACUAACAUACGCCUAAAAAAAAGUUCGCCACUCAAUCAAGGCGGCUACGUGCAGCAGCUACGUGCCGCGUCAAUGCGCUCAGCUACGUUGUUGAUGUCUAAAUCUCGCGAGAUGAGUCGUGAGCGGGAUUAGCAAUCCGGAAGGACUCGAUUCAUUGAAUGGUAGCGGCGCUGCGUUGGGCGGUAUGUGGUAGCCUCAUAGUAUUGGGACAGUCUGGAAAGCCAUGAACCUUGUGCGGGUUUUAUGUCGUCAUAAGACGGCGCUGGGCCUGGCAGCUUUGUCAGUGUUCCUGGUGGUGCUGCUGUACUUGGCUAAGUGCACGUCGGAGAGUCUGAAGCCGGCGAGUCCACGGGCACUGCCCUACCAACAGGCGAAUCCGCGGCAGCAGCAGCAUGAACUCCCCCUGGAGAAAAGUGUCUCCGCUUUCCUUGUGGUGCUCAUAGCCAGCGGCCCGAAGUAUUCGGAGAGACGGAGUAUCAUUCGCAGCACGUGGCUGUCCGGCGUCAACUCACGGGCAGAGCACGGAGAUCUAUGGAGUCGCUUUGUGAUCGGUACGGCGGGUCUGGGGGACGAGGAAUCGGGCGCGUUAGAGAUGGAGCAGCGGCGACACGGGGAUUUACUGCUGCUCCCUGACCUGCGGGAUUCCUAUGAGAACCUGACGGCCAAGCUGCUGCGCAUGUACGUGUGGCUGGAGCACAACGUGGACUACAAGUUCGUCCUGAAGGCUGAUGAUGACACGUUUGCCCGGCUCGAUUUGUUAGUGGAGGAACUGCGGCCCAAGGAAGCGCAUCGACUCUACUGGGGCUUCUUCUCCGGCCGGGGCAGAGUCAAAUCAGCGGGGAAGUGGAAGGAGAGCGGCUGGCUGCUGUGCGAUUAUUAUCUGCCCUAUGCGCUGGGAGGCGGCUACGUGCUCUCCUGGGAUCUGGUGCAAUAUCUCAGCCUCACUCAGCACUUUCUGGCUCUCUGGCAGAGUGAGGACGUGUCCCUGGGGGCCUGGUUGGCUCCUUUGCAUUUAAAGAGGCUCCACGACCCCCGAUUCGACACGGAGUACAAGUCCAGGGGCUGUAACAACAAGUAUUUAGUUACUCACAAGCAGAGCAUCGAGGACAUGUUAGAAAAGCAUCAGACCUUGGCCAAAGAAGGCAGACUGUGCAAGGAAGAGCUCAAACUGCGCCUCUCCUAUAUCUAUGACUGGGCUGUGCCCCCAUCCCAGUGUUGCCAGAGGAAGGAUGGGAUCCCUUGAGUCCCCCUUUCAUUUCAUGUCUGCCGCACAUGAUGCCGCCGCUGCCGCACAGUUUGGAUUAUUCCACCCUCACUCCAAAGAGGGGAUUUCAGUUGUUUUGAGUUUCUUCAGUGUAUCCAUAGAGCUGGGGUCCCCAACCUUUCUCACCCAUCAGCCACAUUAAAAUGUAAAAAAAGAGUUGGAGAGCAACACAAUCGUGUAAAAUGUUCCUGGGGUGUCAAUUAGUGGCUGCGGUGGACUAUUUGUAGUCUCUAUGUGGACUGGCAGCCUACAGAAGACUCUGUUCGACAGGACACCUUGUUUUUAUUAGGGAUGCACCUGGCUGAACCCCCGAAUCCUUCGUGAAAGAUUCGGCCCGAUACAGAGCCGAAUCCGAACCCUAAUUUGCAUAUGCAAAUCAGUAAGGGGGAGGGAAAAAUAGUCGCACACUUCUUGCGAGGCUAAACUUUUACUUCCUUGUUUUGUGACGAAAAGUCACAUGAUUUUAAGGAUUCGGCUAGGUACAAGGAUUCGGCUGAAUCCAGCUGAAAAUGGCCAAAUACCGAACCGAAUCCUGGAUUCGGUGCAUCCC